AUUUAUAUAAUCAUUUUUUACUAUCGAAAUUUAUUUUACUAUCAAAUAACUGUAAGGUAAAGCCACAGAGACAUUUGAAAAAGUCAAAUUUUGCUGUUGCAAUAUGUGAAAUUACUGGUCCAUGAAGACAAUUAAAAAAAAGGAAAAAUGUGUUCAUAAUUUUGAAUAAUAUAUAAUUCCUAUUUUGACCCCUUCCUAUAUCCAUACUUCCUUCCGUUUUUGUUUAUUCGAAUACGACUCGCAUGAAAACACUCAACAACGUGUGUUUGAAAAUUUUUUUAACCAGAGCAUACCUGCAGGGGAGCAUACUCACCAGUUGUAUGCUAGACUUCCAAGUGUUAUCAUUCAUACAAGAGCUUGUAAAAAAAGUGUUGUUUAUUAUUUAUUUUUAAGCUAACAAUAUGUGAAGUUAAAUUGUUUUUCUGUUUACUUUAAAAUUACAUAUUUUUUUUCUCCAAAUGGAAGAAGAAAAAAUGACUGGUUCAAAAGCACUUGUGUGCUGUUCAAAUAUGAUUUUUUUGAUGUCUGGAUUUGCUUUGAUGUCAUUGGGAAUUCUUUUGAUGAUUGAUAAUGAAAGAGUAUUAAUGUCAAGAUUACUUGGAUCAAGUGAUGAACAUCCAAAUCAACCAUUAUUUUAUUAUUUAUCAUUUGGAAUUGUUGGAGUUGGAUUUUUAAUAUCCAUCACAGGUCUACUUGGUUGUUGGGCUUCAUGUUUAUUCAAUUGCUGCAUAACUGUUACAUAUGUCAGUUCAUUGGUGUUACUUUUAAUUGGUGAAUUUUCAAUUUGUGUAUUGACGGUAUUUUGGCCUCAAUUAUUGGGUGUUGAUGUUCGACCAAGCCGAUUGAUACGUACCCUACAAAGAAAUUAUGCCGUACCUGGACGUGAACAAUUCACAGCUGCUUUGGAUCUUGCUCAAACAACAUUUUCCUGUUGUGGAAUUAACGGAAGUUACAAUUAUGGUAUCUCUUGGUGGCGAUUGCAGGAAGUCAGUAGAAGGGAAUUAAUUGUACCACUUACAUGUUGUACACUUAACAAUACAGGUGCAAUUGAUGCAUUUCUAAAUCCAGAACCAAAAAAUUUGACUUUAUGUCAAACACGUAAUCCAGAAGAGAAUCAACGAGCUCGUCAUUCAAUGGGUUGUUUGGAUAUGAUUGAAAAAUGGACCCAAGAUCAAGCUUUAUUAUUUUUAGGAAUAUUACUUGUACUGAUGCUAAUUGAAAUAAGUGCUCUUCUUAGUACAGUACUUGCAUGUACAAAAACAAGUUCUAAAAAAAAAACAAAACAAUCUAAUUUUACGUCAACACAAACAUUGACUCGCUCUCCUUUUUCUGAGAUUGAUCAUGAUUAUGGUUUAGGAAUUGAAAAUAGAAUGCAUAUGACAGGAUCAACAUUUGGUGGUAAAUCCUGAAGGUGGCUUGAGGGCAGCGAGGAACAAAAUGAAAUAUCUCCUGAUAGUAAAAAU